AUGAAUCGAUUUUUAUCAAGCCAACGUUUUGGAGUUUUCGUUCGAUACUCUUCUACUUAUCGUCCAGUCAAAGUGGGUCAACCUUUUACAGCUGCAUAUCGUAUCUAUAUCGAAAAGGAUGGUCAAGUUAUUUCACCUUUUCAUGAUAUUCCUCUUUAUUCAGACGAAAAAGACAAAAACAUUGUCAAUAUGGUAGUUGAAAUUCCUCGUUGGACCAAUGCUAAAGUUGAGAUUUCAACAGAUGAAAAAUACAAUCCUUUAAAGCAAGAUGUAAAGAAAGGAAAACCUCGAUUUGUACACAAUUGUUUUCCCUAUAAGGGAUAUAUUUGGAAUUAUGGUGCAUUGCCACAGACUUGGGAGGAUCCUACUUUUGUGCAUGAAGACACAAAUGCUAAAGGUGAUAAUGAUCCAAUAGAUGUCAUUGACAUUGGCCAAGCAAUUGGCAAACAAGGUGAAAUCAAAAAGGUUAAAGUAUUGGGUAUCAUGGCCAUGCUGGAUGAAGGAGAAACAGACUGGAAAGUCAUUGCUAUAGACACAAAAGAUCCAAUGGCUUCUCAAUUAAAUGAUGUUGAGGACAUUGAGACUCAUUUCCCAGGAUUAAUUGAUGCUACAAGACGCUUUUUUAGAGUGUACAAGGUUCCCUCGGGAAAACCUGAAAACCAGUUUGCAUACAAUGGUGAAUGUAAAAACCAGCUAUUUGCACAUACGAUUAUAGAAGAAACACAUGAAGCAUGGAGAAGAUUGAUUGAAGGAAAAGUACCUCGCACCACAGAUACAUACAAUUUAGAAGUGUAA